AUGGCCUCCGCCGUUCUUCCGGCCUACUCGGCCGCCUCUUUCCCCCACCGGUACAGCCCCGUGAAUACGGAGCUGGAAAUGAACAGUUUCAACCCAUACCAGUGCUACCUCUCUCCCUCCACAAGCCAUCGGACGCUGAACCGCCAGCGCUCGACAUCGUUCCCGUCCGUCUACUACCCCGGCUCCCCCGAACAUCAUCCCGUCGAGCCGCCACAAGGGAGGAAGGAGAGCCCUCCCUCUCGCCACCGCUCGCGGCACCACCGCCGCGGCAGCCCGUCGACCUCCUCGCAGCCGACGAGGUAUUCUCGUCACUCGUUGCUGGUCAACCCCGACGUGAUCGAUCGUCUGGACAGCGCCAGUAUCCUCCAGUACCACCACGAAGGGCCUUACGAUGCGGUGUACCCUGAGAGGAAUUACGAUACCAAGCAGAGCCCGGUCGAGGCGCUCAAAGACUCCACCGCAGAAGCCUUGAAGGCCACUCCGAUGGAUAAAAUUAGCGACUGCAUGGAUAGUCACCGUCCUCUCGAUGGGGUGGCCUUCUAUCCUCCAGGUCACACGGACCUGGAAGGCCGUACGUACGAAUACGAGGAGGGAACCAACAUGAUGAACGAGUAUGGGAACUUUAUGCGUUGUCCCGGUCAGCAGAAAUUCACCGACGAGGAUUUCAAAAACGACCCUUUCUACAACGCCCCACCGCCCAAGCCCUUCGCUUCCCUUCGAAAGGCCCUCAGUCUCCGUCGCCGGAAGCGCCGCGGAACUCACUAA